UCAUAAGUGAGUGUGAAAAGUGACGAUCUGGAGUCACCUUUCUUCGUCUCUCAUCAACAAUGACACAAUAGUAUUGUUUAUAGAAAAACAUCUAUAAGUAUUUAAGCGCAAUUACUAGUAAGGAGAAAUAUUUAGGUAAGAGCAAUCUGACCACUGGAAGCCAAUCUGCCAUAUACAGUUUAAACUCUUGAGUCACACAUAUACCAAAACAAAACAAGAUAAACAUCGUUAAGAGAAACAACUUUGACCGAUUGUCAAGAUCUAUGGAGAAUGAUGUUGUACUCUUUUAUACAGCAAAUAGAAUAUUAAUCGGCUUAAAAUGGAAUCACGAGAGAAGAAAAUACUGAGUUGACGAAGUCAUGUAAGCUGCGUACCGUCUUGAACACGUGGAAUCCCAACGCUGGACUGUUCAAUUAUUUUUAAUGUUUAUACGCAGAAAUUUAGUCUACGCUGUCAAGAUCGCCUUGGAUAGUGGCUUUAAAGCAUGUCUCUUUUUAAGUCUUUGCCUUCUAGUGCUAGUCUUGAUAGAAGAUGGACCAUCGCAUGUCAUUUCGAAUCAAGAACCAAGACAUUUCGAUGUUGUGAAGGCGUCGAGAAUCGAACUAGUGCAACGAGAACUACUCAAUGAAAAUGCGAAGGGAAGAUACGACGAGCAAGGCUUCGUACCAAAGACAUCAGAUAUCGCAGAUCGAGUGUUCGAGAUUAUUCCCGACGUUAAAAAUACCUCAGAGAACGAAACAGAAUUGUAUCAAGUAGAUGCUACGCAAAAUACUCAUGCAAUCAAAUCGACUUCGAAGUUCUUGUUCGUUUUACAUCAUUAUGAACAGCUUGGAAAAGCCACCCAUAAUUUGGUCCAACUGUGUGCUAUAGCCAAACAAAUGAAGAGAUUCGUUGUCGAACCUUUCGUUCGUGAUUCAAGAAUGUGUGGCGUCCCAGGAGGAUGGUCUGGCCAGCAGAGGAAAAGGAGUAGAUUAUUCCGACCAUUUUCGACAUACUUUGAUGUUGAUGUCUUCAAUAAUUUGUUGUCGUCUUUUGGUUAUGCGACCAUGAAAAAAUUAGAGACCUUUAAAACAAGUUGCUCAAACGAAAAAACUACAAUUGUUCAUUUUAUUUAUGCUGAUGUAGAUGCAGAACAGAGCCUGAGAAAGUGGUAUAAUCUAUCUGUUGAUCAGUACAUCAAGGUUAAGAAUGAUGUUCAGAGACGUGGUUAUUGUGAUUGUCCUUUUAUUGAUAAGGGUCUGAAUAUUUCCAACAGGAUUGGCGAUUUAAAUGUUGGUCGUGAACUGUGCGUCGAUCCAGAGAAAAUUCGCAAUAUCGAUGAGUUUGAGGACCAAGUUUUGCAAAAUGAUAGAUGCGCUGUCAUUGUACAUUGGAGAGGAAUUGGGAAAAAUCGUACUAAUUUUAGACCCAGGGUAAAACUCAAGCCAUGGAGUCUGGUAACUUCUUUAAAGCACAGUAAUUUGAUCAGAAAUGAAGUUGCAAGAUUCAAAGAAGUGUCUUUUAUUGAUAAUCACCCUUAUAUUGCGAUUCAUAUCAGAUCUGAAAGACAACUGCAAUGGUAUGGGAUUGAAAAAUUAAAUAAAUGCAUUGCAGUUAUGAUUCAACAAGUAGAAAAACUGAAAGAGAUGCAUAAAAUUGAUAAAAUAUUCCUUUCCACUGAUCUUAGUGCUUAUGGUUCAGAUACUUUGAUUUUUCCAUCAGCUCAGGACACAGAAUUCAAACAAAAACUUGGCACAAUACAAACUGAAAUGUUAAAACAACUCCAGCCUCUGUCUUAUGCUCCGCAUACCAAGAGGAACUCUGUUCUCUUUGACAAAGGUGUCGUUGCAAUUACUGAAAUGAAUUUGCUUUUUGACAGCAGUCACCUGGUUACCAUAGGCUCAGGUACAUUUCAGCAAUGGAUAAUUGAUGUCUUCAUCAAAAAGUACUCCAAAGACAAACAUCAGAAUUGGACGAUAACAAGAGUCUGUAAUAGAGAAGAGAAAAGAAAUGUCAAAAUAUGAAAAUCUGGAAAUGUAUAUUCCUUCCUCACCCAGGGGCUGGACCAACAGCGACAGCAGUCUCUCGAAUAGGAAACAGCAGGGCUGAUGUACGAUAAUUUCAGAUAUAUGCCCUGGACUUGGUUUUUUUUAGGUUAUUUUUAGUUAGCUCUUUGCAAAUCAGUAGUUAAGACACUUUAAUGUUUUUAAAAACAGAAGUUUUAACCUAUGUAAAUGCUAAGUAAAUAUUCUUGAUGUUUAAAAUAUUUUUCAUGUAUUAUAUUAUUUAUUUUUAUGGCAUGAAUUUGCUUGCUGUUGUAAAGUUAUUUCAAUGAAUCUUUUAAAGUAUAAAAUAAUAAUAUUUUGAAAAUAGUUUUUUGUAUCUUUAAUUUUAAGCUCUUAAUACAGCUAUAAGCAAUUUUACACCUUGAUAUGGUACAUAAGCAAGACUUUCAAUUCAAAGUUGUGUGCAUGCUUUGAUAUUACAAAUAUUAUCAUAUUUAAUUUCAGAUGGUGAGCAGACACUCAUCAGCCUACCUUGUUAGCAAAAUAAUCAUUGUCUACAGUCUGUUCAAAUGUAAUUUUAGCUCAGUAAAAUUCCUUUAUAAUGAUUGUUCAUGCCUACAAGCAUCAAGUUUCAAGUAUUGUAAUGAUUAAAUUAAUUAUUGCUCAAAUUCACACACAAAUGACAAGAUGGAUUCGACAAGAUCUGUCAUCAAGCAUUUAUACAUCAGUGUCUGAGAAUCUAAAAAAUUCCUAAAGGAUUUUAAUCCCAAGGAAUAUGUCAUUUCCUGUUAAUUCAUAAUGCAAAAGCAAAGAUAUUUUUUUUCAAACUU